AUGUGGGUCACAGACGGUGGACCAAGAGAUCUGGUCCAGCUUUUUGAAGAAUUUCUGAGAAGACGCCCAUCAGAAAUGCGAACCUCUGGGCCUUUGUACUUGGCAAUAAUACAGCGUCCGAAAACCGAAGUUUGGUAUGCCAAGUGCAGGAUGGGCGAAUACAAACUUGGCAGCAUUAUGAAGACCCUGGCACAGACGAUCAGCAUUGAUGGAAAGAAGAUUUCAAAUCAUUCCACCACAAAAGCAGUUGUCGCCAAAUUGAAGAAAGCCGGUCAACCAAGGCACAAAAUAAUUCAAAUCACGGGCCAUGCAAACGAAACGUCGCUCGAUGACUACGACGAGAUUGAUGAAGAAGAAAGGAGAACUCUGUCACAUAUCAUAAGCGGCUAUUCUGGACCAUCCACAACGACAAGUUCUUCCAAAGCAUCGCCACCAAGCUCGAAUUCAUUGCCGGUUCCACCUUCAACAGAUGUUGUUGUGCCUUCGAGCAAAUAUGCAACGUCUUCAUCAACUUCGCUCGGUUCAGCCAUCAGCCAAGCAAGAGCUUAUUCUCUCGCCCAUCAGUAUUCUAACGUCCAGCUUCCAAUUACACGAACAAACGACCCAGCAGUUCAGCAAUUCCACAACUGCACUGUAAACAUCCAAAACUACUUUGGGCCGCAGUCAACAAAUCAAGCCAGUUCUUCGAGAGUAGAAUGCAUGUCAGGUCGGCGAGUAUUCCAAGACGAAAGCCUAAACGAGCUUACAUUAUUGACUCUGAUGAAGACUGAAUUUAAACACUGA